AUGGGGCCGUGCCGGUGGGCGCCGCUCUGGGGCUUCGGCGCGGCGCUGCUGCAGGUCACCGUGCUGGCGGCGGGGCAGCGCCCGCAGGGGAGACCCCCGCGGCCGGAGGGGUGGUCGCCGGCCCCCUCACCCUCGUGGGCGCCCACGGCGGAGCCGGGAGCGCCGGGGGACAGCGAGGGCUCGGCGGCGGCGCUGGCGUUCCUGCGCACGGGCGAUGCCGAGCGCCUGGCCCGGGCCAACUGCAGCAGCGGGGCUGUCGCGGCCGGUGCCCCCGGGUCCGGGCCACCCCCGGGGCUGCGGGCAGCCCUGCGAGCCGCCCCCGAGGCGCUGGCCCACGCCGCCAACUUCCUCAACAUGCUCUUCCAGACCAACGACAUCCGCGAGGCCAGCGUGGCCGAGGACGUGGAGUGGUACCAGGCGCUGGUCCGCAGCCUGGCCGAGGGGCACCCGUGGGUGCGCAGGGCGGUGCUGGCCCUCGACGCGCACCCGCUGGCCCCCAAGCCGCGGCUGAUGCUGCAGGCCACCAAGGGCGACGGGCAGAUCCUGCUGCAGGACGUGUCCAACGCCGCUCCCGACCUGGGCAACCUCAGCUGGGACAGCGAGUGGUUCAACGGCCUCAAGUCGCAGCGGCUCCCGGCGCUCCGCAAGCGGCUGCUCAGCAACGACCUGCGCAGCCUGGAGACCCCCAAGUGGCAGCGGGGGGACAGCUACCUGGGCGACCCGGGCCACGUGCGGUGGUCGCCGCCCUUCCUGGAGUGCCGCGAGGGUCGCUUCGUGCCCACCUGGGCCGUCACGCUCUCCUCCGCCUUCUACGGGCUCAAGCCCGACCUCAGCCCCGAGUUCAAGGGGGUCGUGCGGGUGGACGUGGAGCUGCGGGACGUGGCCAUCGACCAGUGCUCCAGCGGGCCGGGCUGGUUCUCGGACACGCACCGCUGUGACCUCAACAGCACCCAGUGUGUCCCCCAGGAGAGCCGUGGCUUCGUCCUCGGGAGGUACCUGUGCAGGUGCAAGCCGGGUUUUUACAGGGCCGGCGGAGCGGCCAGCGGUGCCUGGGCAGGUGUGGCAGGGGCAGACGGGGGGUCCCGGCUGGGGUGCCGGCCGUGCCCCCCGGGCUGUGCCACCUGCGAGGACGACUCGCCCUGCCUGGUGCAGGAGGACCGGGCGCUGCGGGCAGCGGUGCUGUCGUGCCAGGCCUGCUGCAUGCUGGCCGUGUUCCUCAGCAUGCUCCUGUCCUACCACUUCCGACGCAGCAAGAGGAUCCGGACAUCAGGAAUCGUCCUGCUGGAGACCAUCCUCUUCGGGUCCCUCCUCCUCUACUUCCCUCCCAGCGUCUUCCGCUGCAUCGUCCUGCGCUGGGUGCGGAUGCUCGGCUUCGCCAUCGUCUACGGCACCAUCACCCUCAAGCUCUACAGGGUGCUGAGGGCGUUCCUGGCGCGGGCGGCGCGGCGCGCUCCCUCCGCGCCGAGCGGGCGCGCGCUGCGGCUGCUGGCGCCCAUCCUGCUGCCCGUGCUCUGGUUCCUGGCCGCCUGGACCGCGGGCGCGCUGCAGGACGCCCGCAGGAACGUCCCGCUGGUCACCCGCGCCCAGACCGCCCGCGGCCUCCGCUUCUCCCUCUGCCGCCACGACUGCUGGGACUACAUGAUGGUCAUCGCCGAGGUGCUGUUCCUGCUGUGGGGCAGCUUCCUGUGCCACGCCACGCGCGCCGUGCCCUCGGCCUUCCACGAGCCCCGCUACCUGGGCAUCGCCCUGCACAACGAGCUCGUGCUCUCUGCCGCCUUCCACGCGCUCAGGUUCCUGAUCGUCCCCUCACUGCACCCGGACUGGACUCUGCUGCUCUUCUUCGCUCACACCCACGGCACCACCACCAUGACCCUGGCCCUGCUCUUCAUUCCCAAGUUCCUGCACACGGGCUCGCCGCUGCGGGAGGAGAUCACGGCCGAGGUGUACGAGGACGAGCUGGACAUGCGGCGCUCGGGCUCCUGCAUGAACAGCAGCAUCGCGUCCGCCUGGAGCGAGCGCAGUCUCGACCCCGAUGACAUUCGGGAGGAGCUGAAGAAGCUCUACCGACAGCUGGAGGUGCACAAGACGUGGAGGAUGGCCACCAACAACCCGCACCUGGCCAAGAAGCGCAGCUCCCGCCGCAGCCUCGCCCGCUCCAUCCUGCGCCGCAGCGAUGCCGGGCUGGCCGAGAGCGGCGCCGGGGACCGGCCGGGGACCCUGUCCCGCCGCAGCUCCUCGGCCAAGCGGCUCGCCGAUGCCUCCGGGACCGGCCUGAGGAUGCGGGACGAAAGCUCCCGGCGCCGCUCCUCAGCCCUGCGCAAGUCCCGCAGCUCCGAGGGACCCCCGCGGGAGCCCCGCCGAGGGUCGCCCACCCGCAGCCCGCCCGAGGAGCCUCCGCCGGCGGCCGUGAGGGACGUGGAGCAAUCGGACAGCGACUCGCUGGACGCCGCCCCGCUCCUGUGCAAAUCGGCCAGCGCCCAAAACCUGGCGGGGCACUGGCAGCGACCCCCGGGCCGCCCCCCGCCUUUGCAGAAGUCGCACAGCGUUGUCACCGGGGCGAGGGAAGUGGCGCUGCUGGCUGCCCGCCACCUCUCCGCGCCGGCCCCGGGGGUCCCCAGCGACACCGCCACCCCCCAGAGCCCCCGAGGCUCGCAGGAGGACGCGGCGCCGCCGGGAGAUGCCGAGGGACACGAACGUGUCACCUACGCGCCCGUCAAAAAAAGCGUCAGCGUGGACAGCGCCCGCCCGGCCAGGAAGGUGCGGGUGACCGUGAAGAAAACGCCACCUCCGCCCCCCGUCCGCUACCAGAGCCUGCAGCGCUCCGGGACGCUCGGGGACAGCCCGGAGCCAGCGCCGGGCCCCCCGGGACCGGCGGGACAGGCGGAGGGGACGGCAGGGCACGACCCGGAGCGCGGGUCCCCCCCGGCGGGGAAGGGCAGGAUGCUGACCCCGAGGGCCACCUCGGCACACGUCUGUCCCUGGGAGCUGAUCCAGGACGAGAUUCUGAGUAGGAAGCAAAAAGCGGCCGAGGCAGCAGAGUCCGGGAGCCCCGGUGACACAGCGGCCACCAGCCCCGGGCCCAAGCCGCCCCCCGCGAAAAGUUUCCGCAGCCUGGGACUCGCCAUCAAAGCCCUCAACCGCUCCAGGGGGAAGAGCAUCCUGAAAGGGAAAAGCGAGGGGAGCCUCAGGAAGAGGGGGAGCAGCAGCAGGAGGGAGAAGCCCGGCCUGGCAGAGGCCUCGGCCGUGUCCCUCGGGGGGCUCAGCCCAAACCCCGCUGCCAAAACCCCCGAGGGGAGCGGGCAGAGCCCGGAGACCCCCGCCCUGCAGCACAACAACAACGCCGCCACCCCCGGGGAAGCGGCGGGCUGGGGGGACAGCGGGACAGGAGGACAGGGGGCCAGGCUGGCCGCGGGGACAGGCGAUGGGGACACAGCGGCAGAGGAGCCCAGCGCUGCCCGGGGGAAGGCGGGCACUGGUGGGCGUCUGGAGCCACCCAGCUCGGGCCACCAAGGAGCUGAACGUCCCCCGGAGGUGGCACGGGCGCAGGAAAGGGACGAGGCUCCGGAUCUGGGGGAGGGCAUUCCUGGGGUCACAGCGGAGGAAGGGACACUUGACGAGCUCGAGGGGACCAGCGGAUCCUUCCAGCCCCGGGACCAGCCGGAGGAGGAGCAGCCGCCUGCGAAGCUCGCCCCGAGCAGCGUGCGGGGCGCGGCGGGGCCGAAGCCGCGGGCUGGGCUCGGUCCGCCCGGCUCGCUCGGAGCCCCGGCAGGAAGGGGAGCCCUGCUGCGCCAGCAGGCGAUCGCUCCCCGGGAGGAGGCAGAGAGCCCGGACAAGGCGCUGGGAGAGCCGAGCAGCCGGCCCGACUCCGAGCGGGUCCCUGGAAGGAGCCGGAGCGGGGCUGGGAGAGCGCAGCCCCCAGGAACGCGGGGAGAUUCCAGCCCCGAAGCAGGAAUCUGCCCGGGGAUGGGCGGCAGUGAGGCGGAUUCUCAGCGCGCUCCGGGCAUGGAAAAGCCACCAGAGCUGCCCAAAUUGGCCCCGGAGGAAGCGGAGGGCAGGAGGGUUGAGGUGUGCCCGUGGGAGAGCCGGGAACAGGGAGGGAGUGUCCGAGCAGAAAUCUGCCCCUGGGACACAGAAGGGGCUCUGCCAGAGCAGGGAUCCCCCAAAUCUGGAGGUGUGGAGCAGCCUGGGAUGGGAAAACCCCCAGCUCUGCCCAGAGCCGCAUCCCAGCGGGCUGGAACCACGGAGAUUAAAAAGGCCAGCAUCUGUCCCUGGGAGGUGGAGGGUGAGCCGCGCCCAAAAACGGAGAUCUGCCCCUGGGAAGAGGCUGCAGCUCCGUCGGGGAAGGAGAGAUCGAGGGAGGACACGCGUGGCACUUCCAAAGGGGAAGAAAAAGUGGGAGCCAGAGCACCGGAAAAAGGAAAGCAGCACCCAGCCAAAUCCCUGCCCAAAUCUCCUCCAGGGAGAUCCCAGAGCUCGGAGAAGGCAGAGAUCUGUCCCUGGGAGAGUCAGGACCUUAAAUCCAGUGACAAAGCUGAAAUCUCUGAAAUCUGUCCCUGGGAAGUGGCUGAACCUCAACUGGAGAAAGGAACAGCCCCAGGAAAGGAGAAACUCCCAGGAAAAGACACAACCAAAGCUCUGGAGAAGGGCAGCAGAGAGAGGGAAUCCAUCUGCCCCUGGGAGAACCAGGACAGGGAGCUGACCCCGGCCAAAUCCCAAACUGGGAGCUCAGCACUGCCCAAAGCUCCUUCAGGGAAAUCCCAGAGCUCAGAGAAGGCAGAGAUCUGUCCUUGGGAGGUCGAAUCCAGCAGCAAAGCCGAGAUCUGUCCCUGGGAAGCGGCUGAACCUCCCUGCCAGCAGCCAAAGGCAAAGCAGGUCCCUGCUGGGGGCACCAAGGGGGACAAGCGCAUCACGCGCCAGGCAGCGCUGGGCAGCCCGGAGAGAUCCCUGGGCAGCAGAGACCGAGCGUCCGUCUGUCCUUGGGAGAGCCAGGACACAGAGCUGACCCCGGCCAAACCCCAAACUGGGAGCUCAGCACUGCCCAAAGCACCUCCAGGGACAUCCCAGAGCUCGGAGAAGGCAGAGAUCUGUCCCUGGGAACUCGAAUCCAGCAGCAAAGCUGAAAUCUGUCCUUGGGAGAGCCCAGACACGGAGCAACCCCUGGUCAAAUCCCAAACUGGGAGCUCAGCACUGCCCAAAGCUCCUUCAGGGACAUCCCAGAGCUUGGAGAAGGCAGAGAUCUGUCCCUGGGAUACUCAGGAUGUUGAAUCCAGCAGCAAAGCUGAAAUCUGUCCCUGGGAGGUGGCUGAGCCUGAGCUGGAGAAAGGAACAGCCCCAGGAAAGGAGAAACUCCCGGGAAAAGCAGAGAAGGGGAGCAGAGAGAGGGAAUCCAUCUGUCCUUGGGAGAGCCCAGACACAGAGCUGACCCCGGCCAAACCCCAAACUGGGAGCUCAGCACUGCCCAAAGCUCCUCCAGGGAGAUCCCAGAGCUCAGAGAAGGCAGAGAUCUGUCCCUGGGAUACUCAGGAUGUUGAAUCCAGCAGCAAAUCUGAAAUCUGUCCCUGGGAGGUGGCUGAACCUCAGCUGGAGAAAGGAACAGCCCCAAUUAAGGAGAGACUCCCAUCAAGAGAAGCCUCUAAAAUUCCGGAGAAGGGAAACAGAGACCGAGCAUCCGUCUGUCCUUGGGAGAGCCAGGACACAGAGCUGACCCCGGCCAAACCCCCAACUGGGAGCUCAGCACUGCCCAAAGGAGCUCCAGGGAGAUCCCAGAGCUCGGAGAAGGCAGAGAUCUGUCCCUGGGAACUCGAAUCCAGUGACAAAGCCGAAAUCUGUCCCUGGGAGAUGGCUGAGCCUGAGCUGGAGAAAGGAACAGCCCCAGGAAAGGAGAAAAUCCUGGGAAAAGACACAACCAAAGCUCUUGAGAAGGGGAGCAGAGAGAGGGAAUCCAUCUGUCCCUGGGAGUCUCAGGGCUCUAAAUCCAGUGACAAAGCUGAAAUCUGUCCCUGGGAGGUGGCUGCACCUCAGCUGGAGAAAGGAACAGCCCCAGGAAAGGAGAAACUCCCACCAGAAGCCUCCAAAGCUGAGGAGAAGGGGAGCAGAGACCGGGAGUCCAUCUGUCCAUGGGAGAGCCUGGACAGGGAGGAGCUGUCCCCGAAAUCUGCCGUGGGGAAGGAGCCAUCCCACAAAUCCCACAGCACGGAGAGCAGGAAAUCUGCAAUCUGCCCCUGGGAAGCAGCGGCGCCCGUUGGGUUGGAGGAGGAAAUGUCCCAGCCAGAUGUGCAGGCACAGGCAGCCCAAAAAGCUUCCUCUGCAGGGAUGGGACAACUGGGUGCCAGCGCUGGGUCUCCAACACCUCUGGAAAAAUCCCACGAGCACAAACCCCUGUGCCGACUCCUGCCCGGCGCCCAGCGCCCAGGGGUGGGCAGCAGCCCCGGCCCUGGCGCUGGCCUGGCCGAGGUUUGUCCUUGGGAAGCUGGAGAGGCUCCAGCAGGACCGGCCAAGCCCAGUUUGGACAUGAGGAACAGCUCGGAGGUGUGUCCGUGGGAGGAGGAGAGCACGGAUCCCUCCCGGACCUGCCCCGGGCACGGCAGAGCCCGGGAUGGGGGUGGGGUGUGAGUGGAUCCCAGCACCAGUGGCUCCAUCCAUGAAUCCAUGGAUUCCAUCCAUCCAUCACCCAUCCAUCCAUGGAUUCCAUCAUCCAUCCAUCACCCAUCCAUCCCUCCAUGGAU